CGGGAAGCAAAUGUAAAGAUACGAACGAACUCAGUGACAAAAACCCGGACGCGCAGCAGCAGCAGCAUGGACGCCCGGCAAACGACGCCGCGAGGUCCCGAGUGGCGCUACUUUGGCGAGCCCAUGGCGCCGAUAGCUCCAGCCUUCCUGUCGCUGGCGAAGCGGCCAAAGAUGAUCCCUCUCGUUCCUUGCGCCUUUUGCGGCCUCCACGUCCCCGCACGGUCCAACUCGCUGCGCCGCCACUUGCGGGAAUGCGCCGCUUGCAGCGACGACGCGCGCCUCUGCUGUAUCAAGCAGCCGCCAUCGUCCGUUGUGAUCUCGGCCCCGCCCAUGCCCGACGCGCCCCACGAACGAUCGCUCAAGGCCACGCAGCGCCGCCUCAAGAACCGGCUCGCGUGCCGUGAGAACCGAAAGAAGAAGAAGGAGCUGCGCGAGAACCUCAAGGGCGAGGUCGCCGCGCUCUGUGCCAACAACGCGACGCUCCACGGCGAGAUCAACGCCCUCUUGGGCUUUGAGGAGCCCAUUCUGCUGCCAGCGCUCGAUUUAUCUCCGGCAAGUCCCAACACGGGCGCGACGACGAGCGCUAGCGAGCUCUACUGGAAAGCAGCCCUCUUUUUUGCCCGCUACAAGCCGGGGGGUGCCGUACCGCGUCACGACACCCCCGAAGGCAGCUUCUACAGCGCACAGACAUGCACCGUGUCCGGCGACCCCGGCAGUUUGAGCGCCCAGCUGACCAUGCCAGGUCCGCUUGAGGCCAUCUGGGACAUGAAGUCGCUGCUCAUCAACGACAUCGCUGUCGCCGAGCCCGAGCUGCCGACGGAGCUCCCAACUGGCGACAUGCAACUCGUGCUCCUUGAGCGUGGUCAGAUUCGUCACGUCCGCUUGCUCCACCGCCUCUUCAACGCCGCGACGGUUGCCCGCAUCGAAGCCGCAGGUGGUGCAGCGGAAGCGGUGGGCGAGUUUACGUGGCGCAUUAUCUGCUCGUGCGACGCCGUCCGUGCGCGCUCCAUGCAAAUAUCGCUGCUGCGGUAUCGUACACUUAGUGUGCACUGACUCUAGUAAAAAGAUACAAAUGAAAAAGCCGACCAACCUCGAAAUGCCUUUGCCACAA